AUGGCACCAAUGCCCCCCUUAAAGUUAACGCUUAAAGCGAAUUCAGAUAAGAGGAAAGGGGGAAAGUAUAGUCGUAGGCCCCCUCUUCUUCCUUCUGGUGGUCCUAAGCAAACCGAUACGUCAACCGCGAGCCCCGGAAAAUUUUGGGCCACUCUUGUACCCUUGGAGGCAGGUCUCCCGAAAAUAUAUUUGACCGAAAGUUCUCACGUGUUGGGCAAACAUUGUGACCGACGCGAAGAUCUCGAUAGGUUCAAGCUUCUACCGGCCGAUAAAAAAAUUGCAGACACACAUUGUCUCAUUUAUAAAGCGAACUCUACUGUAAAUGGUAAAACUCGUACAACUGUGCAUCUCCAAAACCUUGGGUGGGGUACGCUUGUUCGUAAUAUAUUUGUAGGUGACACGACUAUUGAACUUUAUGGAUCUGAAAACAUAUCCUUCCCUUCUUCAAGGGAAGAAAGGCCGUGGUACAAAUAUCAAUUUUUCCUGGAGAAUACUGCGCCACCUCCAACGAGUUUCUUCAAGAAAUUCGCGAUUCAAGGUGAACUAGGAAAGGGAAAAUUUUCUGAGGUUAAGCUCGUUCGUCCUAUAAAACAUAACGAGUUUGGGCAUAGUCAAGAAUUUGCGGUAAAAGUGAUCGAAAAGAAUUUAACUUGUCGAAUUGUCCACCGCGACCUGAAACCCGAAAAUAUAUUGGUGACGGACGCCUCCCGGUAUCAAGUCAAAAUCUCUGAUUUCGGUUUGUCUAAACUUCUUGGUGCUAAAUAUUCCUUAAUGAACACGGUUUGUGGUACUCCUACAUAUGUUGCGCCAGAGAUUAUAAAUCGAGAUACUGAGUAUGGGAAAGCCGUUGACAUGUGGAGUCUUGGAGUGAUCCUGUAUGUAUGUCUGAGUGGGUAUCCGCCAUUUAGCGAGCAUUUUGCGCCACCGACUCUACUAGAACAGGUCAGAGCUGGUAGAUACACAUUUCGAUCUCCCCCGUGGGACAGUAUUUCAGAUGAAGCAAAGGAUUUAGUUCAAGGAUUAUUAAAAGUCGACUUCACGUCACGUUUGACUGCUGAACAGGCCUUAAAACAUCCAUUUAUGAAUAAACAGACUCCAUUCGUUACGAGACCUUCGUCCACAUUGCCAGAUUCGGACAUUCCACUCAGAAGAGUGCAUGAUCAAUCGGCGAGUUCAUCAAAUGAAGAAUUUCGUCAAAUUAUGACCGCCAAGACGUCAACAUUAAUAAAUAGUAUUGAAAGUGGAGAUGAAACGUUUUUGACGGCAUCCGAUACAAUCGCAUCUUCAAGUGAAUUAUCCAUUCAUCUUAACGAUAACAACAGCGAAACGCUGUAUACUACCGCUACCGGAAGCGACUUGUUAAGAAAUAUUUCGAGUCAAUCAAGCUAUGCGUCAUCUCGGUCUCUGAAUAUUUGA